AGCGUCGCUGGCAGUUCUGGUAACGAUGGCAUCCAGUAAACUUGCAUUUGGAAGUCGAGCUCGCGAACCCGUCCCCCACAAUGCCACUCUGUGGUCGUGAUGUGACCGAAUGGCGUGUAUGUCCACCACAUGCUAUGGCGCCAGCAGGCCCCCCCGGGUUCUGCUACAGCUGUAUUGGUGAGGAUGAUUGACCACAACCUCCUCCCCCAUACAGAUGCAGGUGCACAAGCCACUCAGCACGACGCACGCAUGCGGAGAACCCAGCAGGCCCAGCAUAUUGGCAUGCUCUAGACACCAGAAAAUAGUGCAAACGUGUGCGAGGACAUCGCUUCCGGGCUAGGUUCAGUCCCGCCCGGCUGUAUACAGUGCAAUGCUUGCCAUCCCUUCCUCCUCUGCAAUAAUGCUUAGGGGCCUCGCCUACUGGAAGAAUGCGCCCCCCUCUUUACAGGUCACUCCGAAGAUGUAUAACAGUAGUUCUCAC